AUUGGACUUGCCGUUCUGCUGUCUAUCUAUAUAAUCAUAAAAUUUCAAGGAGCUUUGUGAAGAUAAGGAAGAUAAGGUGUUUGUCAGAUGGAUGACAAAGGAAAGAGGUUGUAUGGGAAGGUUGCUGUAAUAACUGGCGGUACAAAUGAAAUUGGAGCAGCCACCGCAAAGUUAUUCGCGGAAAAUGGUGCAUAUGUUGUCAUUGCAGAUACAGAGGAUGAAGUGGGAGCAAGGUUAGCUGAGUCCAUUGGAGGCCAGUUCAUACAUUGUGAUGUAUCCCAAGAAUCUCAGGUCGAAUCAGCGGUGAAACUAGCAUAUACAUGGAAAGGAAAGCUAGAUAUAAUGUUCAACAAUGCAAGCAUUCCGGGGCCUCAAGGGAGCAUUACCAACCUUAGUAUAGACCAGUUUUCUGACCUGUUGUCGGUUAACAUCAAUGGCAUUGUACAUGGAAUAAAGCACGCUUCUCAGGCCAUGAUUGCGGCUGGAAAGGGGGGAUCCAUAAUCUGUACCUCAAGCUCAGCGGCCUUGGUUGGAGGAUUGGGAGCACAUUCAUACACCUUAUCAAAGGAGGCAAUUUUUGGAGUUGUCAGGAGCAGUUCUUGUGAGCUGGGAGUUCAUGGGAUUCGAGUGAACUGCCUCGUGACACACAGUGUGACCCCGGAGAUGGAGAUGGUGGGAUAUAAGGACCCAGCAGAAAUGAACGGGGGUGAUUCAAAAGAGCUUACAAGAACAAGCCUACUGCAAGGAAGAAGUGGAACAGCAGAAGAUGUAGCUUUUGCGGCCGUGUUUCUGGCAAGUGAUAGAGAGUCAGGGUUCAUAACAGGACACAACCUUGUGAUUGAUGGAGGGUAUACUUCUGGUUGCAGCCACCUGCAUUUCACAUAUACUGCUAAUUUCUAACUACCAGCACUCGACACAAUAUUACUACUACUUGGUUGUAUCCGAGGACUUCAAUAAUUCUUGCGAUGCACCAGAUACUGUCUGACAUUGAUACUGAUCUAGUGAUCUGUCUAUUUCCAUUAUUUUGAAAGAAAUAUUUAGAGUUUA